GGGGUUGUCGCAUUCCUCCUAAGCACAGCUCACAAGGCUCUCGGGGGACCACAAAGUUUGUGAUCAGAAGCUCAUCUGGGCACUUUAAACUAUCAUGUUUGCGUCAUCAUCCCGUCAAAAGGAGACGGCCAGGUCAGACGUCUUCCCAGACGCAGACAUCCCAGACGAUCUGGCCUUGGUACGUCCAUCUCGAAAUGGCACAUGGAACUCUACGUCGCCCGAAGAAACCGGAGUUAUGAGCUCAGUGCCCAGUAAUUCUGUUCGAAUAUCGCCACAUGUGGUUUCCCGUUGGACGGAUCAUGUCAUGACGCUCAGUGAAGAGCAAAGAAGGAUGUUCCUGAGAAGGGAUCCCAGAGACGACGUGGUCACCUACACCAAGGCUGUUGAGGGUAUCAUCGACGAAAAGCUGAAGACCAGCAAGGUGGUCCGCGGCACCAAAAUGGAUCGAACCGUUGGUGAGCUUUCUGGAUCUGUGCAGACCCAUGGCGGAUGCUCUAAGUGGAUUAUAUCCACCAGCUGGACUCAUCCUCGGAGGCGUAUUCAUGGCCUUGUCCGUAACCAAGCGUGUGGUCAAGUACCAAGAAGCUCUUUUGCAGUUUCUCAUGAAGGCCACGAGCACCCUGGGCCAGCUUAGCAAGUUCAGAACUGCCUUCCCGGAUUCGACAGAGAUCCAGACAGGACUCGUCGACAUCUUUGACAUAAUCCUGCAAACGUGUGUUCAAGCGUCAACAUUAUUUUUUGACGAGAAAGGUAAAGACACGUCCACCAGUCGACUGUUCUGGAAGUCAUUCGACAAGGACUUCGGGGCUUGGCAACAGUCCCUGGACACUAGCCUUGAAACAUUCGACAGAACAGUCCAACUGGUCUCUGGACAGAGGCUUGGGGACCUGCACGGAGGCCAAAUGAUGGCACUGCGUGUGCAACUAGAGACCUACAGGGCAGUUCGGAGGAGCGAGACUGAGCGGCUGCAGGAGGAAACAAACCGUCAAGCGCGACUGCUACAACAAAAACAAGAUGAGAAACGAAUCAAGCUUUUAGCAUGGUUGUCACCACUCUCAUUUCAAACAACUCAUAACAGCAUUCUGGCCACGACGCUUGAUGAGACUGGACUAUGGGUUCUGCAGCAUGAAAAUUACGUUUCAUGGAAAAAGAAAUCCCGUGACGCACUUCUUUGGAUUUACGGAAAGCACGGCAGCGGCAAAUCGCAUUUGGCCGCGAGGGUUAUCGAGGAACUGAGAGCCGUCUGCCAUGAGAAGAACGCUGCAUCAGGCAAUAGUGAUGAGAAAUACUUUGCCGAAAGAAGCAUGAUUCCCAGUAUUCGCGAAAUUGAAGAAAAUAUCACAACCUGGUCGACCGAAGACGAAUCGGCGCAGGUUGCAUGGCAAGAAGGUGCCGGUCCAACGAACUCUCCCGACAAUAGCGCUUGGAAUUCCUUGGACGAAGCUGCUAGCCAUAAAUACGCAACAUCAAAAGUCCAGUCGGCUUCGGAGAGGACAGCUCUUGCGUACAUCUACUGCAGCUAUCAGCAGGUACAGAGUUCCGAGAGAUGGAAGACUGGUCGGAGUACAGAGCCAGCAGACCUUUAUGACUCCACAGGUCUUCUCAGCUGCAUCCUCAAGCAAUUAUACCAGUUUCUUCCCAAGGCCAUGGAUGUUUCAGAGCUUGAACAUGCUUGCUUUGGAACGGGAGAGGACCUUCCAAGCAGAGAGGCAAUCACAAACGGAAUCAGAGACAUCAUUCCAAUGUUCAGUCAGUCUUUCAUAGUCGUUGACGGCUUGGAUGAGUGCAGUGGGAUGUCAGGUCUAGAGUUCGAAACAUUUUGCACCUUUCUGGUCAGCCUUACCAGUCUCAACCUGUCAGGCACUUCAGCAAACGUUCUGAUGUUUAGUCGUCCUGGAUACCCAGCAAUUACCAACGCCAUCAACGACUGUCCAAGCAUCGAAGUCGACAAGGGUGCAAAUACAAAGGAUAUCAGUCGGUUCAUCGACGACAGAAGUGUAAAUCUGACCAGUGACUCUGCGUCUCUGAAAGAGAUACAAGGUAGUCUCUUGUAUUCAGCGGACGGCAUGUUCCUCUGGGUUUCACUCGUCAUCGACUCUAUCAAGCAAGAAAGAACGGCCAAGAAAAUGAAAGCUGCUGCGAGAAAUAUGCCAAGGGGUCUACACGGGGCGUAUACCGAUGCCAUGAGGCGUAUUAUGAGCGCGGAGCCAUCCAUCAAGGAUUUGGCCUUGAAGGCGCUCUUAUGGGCUACUAACUCAAAAAGACCUCUUUCUAAAGCUCAGCUGCUAGAAGCGUUGGCAAUUGAAGAGGGUAUGACUUCAAUCGGAGAAGAUGAGAAGUUAGAUCACAAUGUCCCCUUGACAAAGGACUGUGCCGACUUACUCGUCCUCAAAGAUGGAAAUUACACUCUUGUCCAUCCUUCACUGGGAGACUUCUUGAGGGGCCUCUGUAACGACAGCGUUGAAGAGCUCGCAGGUUUUCGAGAUCUCCAAACCAAUGCAGCCCACAUCCUUGGAGUCGAUUGCCUCACGUACCUCAAUUUUCGCAUUUUCGCAGAAGGGCCCAUGUCGACGGAAGACGCUUUGAAGGAAACCCUUCAGCGACAUCCUUUUCUCGAGUACGCUGCGGUUUUCUGGGGAGAUCACAUUAGAGAAGCACUAGAACAACGCAAUUCGAGUCUCGAAGACAGGAUUUGCGAACUCUUGGAGCCACCAGCCCGGCGGGAUCUCAUCCAUCAAGUUUAUAUGCGUUUCUCUAGUCGAAGAGAUGAGAUCGUCUCAAUCUUUCCUUUUCCCUCUGGAACCUCACCGUUACAUAUUUUAUCCAUCUUCGGGCUACAUCAAUUGCUGUGGCGGUACCCCAUCACGGAACUCGACAUCAAUAAAGCUGAUGGAUUCGGCAACUGCCUUCUUGACUACGCAUCACAGAAUGGGCAUCAAGCCAUGUCUAGCAGGAUCGUGGAAGAGCAUGUGAGGCGAAUUCAUGAUGCCAGCCAAGUAAUCGAUCGACAAUGCAAGAGCAAAUCGUGGCUGGUGGGCACAAUUAUCCGCCACCACUGGACAGACCUCAUGAUAAUAUUGCUGGAACUGGGUCACUCCACCAGUCAGCACGGCGCCAGUCACGCACCAACUGCUCUUCACUUGGCUUCGAAUUAUGGAUACACAGAUAUGAUGGAAAGACUCCUUCUUAGUGGGGCAGACUCCGACGCGAGGGAUCACAAUGGAAAGACGCCUCUGAUGAUAGCGGCCCGGGCAAACCAUCUCGGGGCGACGCAAAUGUUACUUGAUCAUGGCGCAGAUGUCCGCUACUGCGACUACGAGGGCUUCACCCCGUUACACUUGGUAGCAGGUGUUCUCAACGGCAAAAAAGAAUUGGCUGCAGUCCUAUUGGACAGAGGCGCCCGCAUUGAAGCGAAAACACAGGAAGGGGCGACACCGCUUCAUCGCGCUGCGGCAUUCGGGUCAGAAAGCAUGAUCUCGUUUCUUCUCGACCGUGGAGCGAACCAAUAUGCAGCCACGCGCGAGCUUAAAGGGACUCCUUUACUUGUCGCGGUCAAGCGUGAGAGAAGGGACGCCGUGCGCCUCCUACUCAGUAGAGGAGCAAGUAUCCCCGUCCAGACCCUCAACCAUUUUGGUAGCACAGCACUUCACGAUGCAGCUGCACUCGACAGUCUAGAAACCAUAUCCCAGUUAUUGAGCAUUGAUGCUGGUAAGACGGUGUUGGAUUGGAGAGAUGAUGUAGGGUUUACCGCGCUCUCUGCGGCGGCAUCCAAGGGCGCCAUUGAUUCAGCAAAGAGAUUACUGGACGAAGGCGCAGACGUUGAGUCAGCCAACAACCUUGGGAUGACACCAUUACUGAUUGCUUUGAACAAUGGACACACAUCCCUAGCUCAAAUCCUUGUCGACGUGUACAAGGCCAAUCCUCAUCAUAUUGAUCAUCGGGGAUGGAAUGCCAUGCACCACUCAGCCCUGUCAGGGGGUACAGAAGACGCACGGAUCUUGCUGUCAUGGGGUGUUGAGGCAUUCACUCAAAAUAAGAAUCGGCGGACUCCACUUCACCAUGCGGUCGCCUCGAACAAUACUCAAUUCGUGAAGUACUAUAUCAGAAGCUUUUCUCCGGAGAACGUUCUGAUGAGGCAGAAGGAUUCCGAACCUCUGGGCGCAGACGGGUAUACACCACUUCACUAUGCGGUCGAACGCAAGGACUCGAAGAUGGUGCGGUGCCUGCUGGAAUAUGGAGCCGACGCAGACGGUCUCAAGUCAACUGUGCCCAGUCCAUUGAUCAAGGCACUGAAAGAGGAACAAUAUGAGAUAGCCAAUAUCUUACUUGACUGGAAAGCAAAUGCUGAUGCUAAAGACGAGGAAAAUUGGCGACCGCUCCACUUUGCCACGUCUGCAGGCCACCAACAGCUCACACGCCGGCUCAUGGACGCAGGAUGCGAACUAGAGCCUCAGAACGACGAAGGAGACACACCUUUAUUUGUCGCUUGCUUCAAUGUCUAUCCAGAGAUCAUUGAACUCUUCUUUGACCGAGGGAUCAAAGACAUAACCAUUCAGUGCUCUGGCGGUCUAACCUACGCCCAUGUCGCUGCCUAUAGAGGACUCCACAGCGUCCUCGAAAGACUUGUCAAGAUGAGCACCAAAUUGGUAUCCCAAACAACCUGGAACGGGCUUGACCCUCUUUGUCUCGCGGCAUCUGGUCAGGAGCCUGAGACUGUUGAGCUUCUGCUUGCUUCUGGUGUAAGGCCAGAUGGGCCCUACUACACGCAAAGGACCCCUCUAGGCCUGGCUGCGACCCGAGGAGCUCUCAAAAUUGUCGAGAGUUUGCUAACGGCUGGUGCGAGGGUCGACAAGAUGGGGCCACUGUUGCGAACGCCGUUAAUGCUGGCUGUAUGGCACGGACAUGCUCGGGUGGCAUAUCGCCUGCUCCAGGCUGGAGCUAAUCCAUUCCUGCAGGAUGAGUUGGGACUUUCAGCAUUUGAUCUGGCCGCUGGACGACCAGCUAUGAGAGCUAUACUUGACCCUUGGAGUAAGCGUAUUGGGGGCUUUUUGGGAGACAACUUACCCCAAGAUGGCUACCAGAUCCACGCUCUCCUGCAAUUCAUUAGCCGGACUGCAAGGGCCAUUGCUCGUAACAUCGAACAAGGAGCCCCGGCUAGAGUCAGAAAUAGCUUUUGGUUGCUGGAAAUAUCCUCGGAUUACUUCUUUGCCCUUACAGAUGCGCUUUUAUUACUCAUUCGCUUUCAACAAGCCGGUCGUGUUCCGAAACCCGAAUUCCUUCGGAUCACGAGGGGCCCGAUGGGCUCCUGCGUUCAAGUUCUAUUUGGGGACAAUUUCAGAUCGGUGCCAACCAAAAAGAAUGGGAUAUACAGAGAGUACAGGGUGCUUUUAUCGGACUCUGAUGGAAGCGCCACAUGCGACUUCUGUUUUGCUGAGCUGCGCCUGGACUAUUAUUAUGUCUGCUGUAUCUGCCCGGAUAAUUUUGCAUGUCCUCCUUGUCAGCGCGCUAUUACCGUUCUGUCACUUGAGGAGCGGUCCAAGGAUUUCGGGCUUUUGGGGAGAUUGAGAGAUGAAGUCUUCGCUGUGCGACGAGCCUUGAGACCGAUCCGCUACCAGGGCCCUGGUGCGAUGAAGAGAAUUAUUUCCCAUGGGCCGUGGUUAAAAGAUUGGAUUUUCCAAAAGGCUGAGGACUAUCAGAAGUGGAGAGGCAGUCGGGAAGCCUACAGACACUUUCAACCAGCCAAUAUCACCGGGUGGAGAAUUGUUGACACCAUGAAAUCCAUCCUAUCUCAAUCAGCUGGCCCGGCCGAUGUAACAAGCGACACAGAAGAUACAGAAGAUGCACAGAGUAAACGGCUAAUGACGGAAUGGCAUCAACUUACAGAGGAGUGGCUUGAUAUUUUCGAACGCGACUCGGACGGGCUGGCAGAAGAUAUUGGAGACUUCUGCGACCAUCCAUACCAAAUGUAUCUGGCGAAGCGGCCCCGGCGGCUUGACGGGGACGCCGCGCUCGACUCAUCUGGGAAGCUCACAGCCAAGUUCUUACACUUUCUGGCGGACAAAUACGAGGAAGCAAUGGAUGUUGGACCAGAUGUCAUGGACUUUUUGGAAUCAAAAAGCUUUGAUCACGAGGGGUCCGAGGAUAGUGUUGCCCAGGAAUGGUUCCGAGACACCGAAACACGCGAAGGCUCUACUCAACUUGAGGAAACUGCAGAAAGAAGGAGUGGCACACGCUCUCAGGCCGAUUACACAUCAGAAAGCUCCUCAUCGGACGAGACCUCAUCGGAGACCUCAGAAACUCUGCUCCAGACAAGACGGGAAGAUGGUGACAUGGUGGGAAACCUUGAAGAAUUUUUAGACAGUCUGCUGGCGAAACGGAAUUCUCUCGUCGAGUUUGGUCGACUGACGGAGGAAGAGGACCUGAUUCUCAAUACGGCGUGGAACAUGGCCCAGGCCAUAGUCUAUCAAAGCACACCGCGACCAUCAUUGAAGGAGAUUUCGAGCAAGGAUCAGGAUUAUUGCAGUGCAUCGACGACAGCUUUGCAAUCUGAUCGCGGUGGGUAUGGUGACAAUGAACCUUCGAGCUACGGGACGCCUAGAUCUAUGUCUCCUGUGGCAUGGUCUUAG